UUGAAGUUGCAAGAACAUCAUCGCCACUCUAUUGCAUCAAGCCUUUCAAUAUGUUCUAUACUUCACUAUGAGCCAUGGAACCAUGCCGGCGCCAGCGACAUUCAUCUUCUUCAUUCUGCUCAUUUUUGUAUCCGUCGUCGCGGCGCAGACACUUCAGGGCUGCAACACGACAUACGGGGCUAAUCUAGCCACCGUGCUCUCCACUCUACCGACUAACAUUGACCGCUACGGCUUCUACAGCGCCUCCCACGGCCAGGCUCCCGAUAGAGCCAACGUCAUUGCUCUCUGCAGAGGCGAUAUCGAUCUUGCAAAGUGUCAAAACUGUGUGCAAAAUGCUGCCGAUUCUAUUACAAAAUCAUCAUGUUCCGACUACAAUGAACGGACAAGCUGGUACCGCACCGAUGAGUGCUUGGUAAGACGCUCCAACCAGACCAUAUUCGGAGUCCCAGCGACAACCACAGUAUUCGGGGUUUUCAAUCCAUCCGAAGCCAUAAGCCCUGUUCAGUUUAAGAAGGAUUUAGACAGUCUGCUAAAUGAUCUUCGAUCCCAAGCUUCGAAUGGCGGCUCCUUGAAAAAAUUCGCGACAGGGAAUGUAACUGGACCUGCUUCACAAACGAUUUUCGCUCUCGUCCAGUGUACGCCGGACAUAGAUCAAGAAGCUUGUGAAAGGUGCCUAAUCAGCGCGGCUUCACAAAUACCGUGGUGUUGUGAUAAGAAGCGAGGAGGAAGAAUCCACCGGCCGAGCUGCUAUCUUCGGUUUGAGAGUUACCUCUUUUUCGAUGAAACUAGACUAGAAAAUGAAGCGCCGCCUCCACCGGGGUGGUUGCAAACAGGGAAGAGGAAGAACGGUCGAGUAGCUCUAACUAUCGCCGUGGCUGUCGCUGUCUGCGCUAGCUUGGUAGUUAUUGUUGUUGUGGGAAUCCUUGUAAGAAGGUCGAGAAAAUCGAAGCCAACUGGAAAUAUUGAUGAUGGAGCUGAAUCUCUGCAAUAUGGUUUCAGCACCAUUACAGGAGCAACUAAUAAUUUCUCGGAUGAACAAAAGCUCGGUCAGGGUGGAUUCGGUGUGGUUUAUAUGGGGAUACUUGGCAACGGGGAAAAGAUCGCCGUCAAAAGAUUGUCGAAAGAUUCAAAACAGGGAUCGAUAGAGUUUAAGAAUGAAGUUUUGUUUCUAGCAAAGCUUAAACACAAGAAUCUGGUGAAUCUGUUGGGGUUUUCUUUGGAAGGAACUGAAAAGCUUCUUGUGUAUGAAUAUGUUUCCAAUGGAAGUCUGGACAACUUCAUUUCUGAUUCAGUACAGAAACAUAAGCAGAUGAAAUGGGAGACGAGAUUCAAGAUCAUUGAAGGAAUUGCCAAAGGACUUCUGUACUUGCACGAAAAUUCUCGACUCAAAAUCAUCCAUCGUGAUAUAAAACCUGGCAACAUACUUCUCGAUGAAGACAUGAAUCCUAAAAUUGCAGACUUUGGAAUGGCAAAAUUAUUCGGACAAGACGAAAGCGAAGCAAAGACUAAAAGGAUUGUAGGAACCUAUGGAUAUAUGCCGCCGGAAUAUGCCAACGGAGGGCAAUUCUCUGUGAAGUCCGACGUCUAUAGCUUUGGAGUAUUAGUUCUGGAGAUUAUUAAUGCUCAGAAGAAAAAUGGUAGCAUUCGAAGCGGAGACAAUGAAGUCGGCAUUGUCAAUUUUGCAUGGAGAAACUGGCACCGAGGAAAUAAUGUCGAGACUGUGGAUCCUUUCUUGAAGUUGAGCGAAGGCUCGAUGAUGGACAUACUGAGGUGCAUUCGAAUAGGUUUGUUGUGUUGCCAAAGAGAUCCGUCGAAGAGGCCAACAAUGGCUUCUGUUGUCCUGAUGCUCAGUGCCGCGUCGGUUACACUGCCCGCGCCUUCUGUGCCGGCAUUUUAUUUCGAUUCCGGAAAGGACAGGACAGCAGCUCAGUUUGAUGAAAACAUGUCUGAAAAUGAUGCAUCCAUUACUGAUUUGCAUCCUCGUUAG